AGUAAGGGUUAUGAAAAAUUUAUACUUUUGGUUGUGUAUAUAUAAAUCAUAAUUUUCUGGUAUGUAAAAGAAUUGUCAAUUUUUUGUAUGCAGAUCAGCUAAAUACAACAAAAUAUCCACCUUCAAAGAGGAACAAAUUUUACCGAGAUUUGAGAGGUAUAUGUUGCUACUUUCAGUUAAUUUUUAGUUGGUUAACUUUUACAUAAUGAUUGAAUAAUAAAUAUGUCUUAUGGAAACCAGUGAAUGAUCAAAUAGCACAGAGAAAAACAGUGUUACAAUCUGGUACUAAGCAACGCAACAGUGUGUUAAGAAAAGAUGAUGCCAGGUCUACUCCUAAACUAAUGCAGACGGUUGUAACUGGAAAUAAUUACUCCAAAGUAACAUAUCCAUCACAUGUUGGGUAUAACAUUGAUGAUAACAGCUUCCCUGAAGGUAUAUAUCUCCACUCAAUCAUGUAAUAUAUGAACAAACAAUUAUUAUAUUUUUUUUUAUUGAAAUUAUAUGUUGCAGUUCCAUCUGAAGGACGAGAUGAUCAAUUUUACGACUUAAGCAGUCAAGAAAGUGAUAAACUCGUGGAUAAUUCCGAACCAGUUAAAUGUUUAUAUAGAGAUGCUGUAUCAGAGAAAGCAAACAUUGAAUCUAUGAUGUCAAGGAUUAGAAAGAUCUGCGAAAGCAAGGGGAAAACCAAAAAAACUCCGAAUUCACAACCUAUCACAAAAACAAUUGGUGAGAGUUAUAAUAUUAUGAUUUUUAAAGAGUUAAGUAUUACUGAUAUUGAACAUCCAUGUCUAUAUAUUGUGUAGAGUAUGUUGACGAGGGUAAUCCUACUUUCAAAUGUGACUAUUGUAAUGCCAAAAUGUGGUAUGGUGAGCGCCUUGAAAGGAAGAAAAGAACAAAGAAGAAGCCAGUUUUCUCUCUUUGUUGUGGCCAGGGACAAGUUAAGUUGCCUCUUUUAAAAGAAAGCCCCUUGCUUAUACAGAGACUAUUGUUCGGUGAUGAUGACAUGAGCAAGUAUUACCAAGAAAAUAUAAGAGCAAUUAAUAUGCUCUUUGCUUUUACUUCUCUUGGUGGAAAAGUUGAUCGCUCGAUGCCAAAAGGACAUGGACCUCAACCGUUUCAACUACAUGAGGAAAACAUGCACUUGAUGGGUAGUAUGAAACCAGAUGAAGGUGAUUCUGCAAAGUUUUCACAAUUGUACAUUGUUGACAAUGAAAGAGAGGUUGAUGAUAGAGAUUCUGUUAUGAGUAAGUACAAGAAAGCUGCAGACAAGGCAAAAAAGCAUAAUUUGAGGAAGAAAAUUAUCGAGCUUAUUAUAAAUAUGCUGGACGAUGUUAAUCCCUAUGUGAAGCAAUUUCGGUCUGCAAGGGAACGUUUUGGAAGUUCAGGAGCUGCAAAGUUCCAUAUGAGGAUUGUGAGCAAUCGUGAAAAAGAUGGAAGGACAUAUGAUACUCCAACUGCGUCAGAGGUAGCUGGUUUGAUCCCUGGUGACUUUAAUUUAGAGAUGGACAAGCGUGAUAUUGUUUUGCAAGAGAAACAAACUGGUUGGCUUAAGAGAAUAAGUGAGAUACAUCCGUCUUAUCUCGCACUUCAGUAUCCGCUCAUUUUUACUUAUGGCGAAGAUGGUUUCAGACUGGGAAUAAAAAAGAGAGCCACACCAGCUACAGAGAAGCUAAAGAGGGAUCACAUUAGUAUGAGACAGUGGUUUUGCUAUCGACUGUUUGAAAGAGAUGGAGAGUGUCAAACGCUGCUGCAUUCAAAAAGAUUGUUCCAGCAAUUUUUGGUUGAUGCAUUCACUACCAUUGAGACUAACAGAUUGAGUUAUUUGAGGCAAAAUCAAGUAUGUUUGAGGUCUGACGGCUAUGACUCAAUCAAGCAGGCUGAGAACCAAGGCAGAACAGAUAUGAGUCAACAAGGAAACCGAUUUAUUCUGCCAGCUUCCUUUACCGGAGGUCCAAGGUACAUGAAAAAUAACUAUCUGGAUGCAAUGGCUAUUUGUAGACAUUUUGGUUUUCCAGAUCUUUUCAUCACAUUUACAUGCAAUCCAAAAUGGCCGGAGAUUACUAGAUAUUUGUCUGAACGGAAAUUGAAGUCAGAGGAUAGACCAGAAAUUGCUUGCCGAAUAUUCAAAAUGAAGUUAGAUUCUCUAAUGGAGGAUUUAACCGAUAAUGAGAUCUUGGGAAAAACUGUUGCAUCUAUGUAUACUGUUGAGUUCCAAAAGCGUGGUCUACCGCAUGCUCAUAUAUUGUUAUUCAUGCAUCCCAGUUCUAAAUUCCCUACGACUGACCACAUUGACAAGAUAAUUUCAGCAGAGAUUCCAGACAAAUCCAAAGAGCCAGCGCUUUAUGAAGUGGUGAAAGACACGAUGAUUCAUGGUCCUUGUGGAAUUGUUAAUCCGAAUUCACCGUGUAUGGAGAAUGGCAAGUGUUCUAAGCUGUUUCCGAAAGCGCAUGUAGACAGAACGACAGUAAACAAAGAAGGGUUCCCAGUUUAUAUGAGACGGGAUAAUGAUCGUUUUGUUGAUAAAAAUGGUUUCAAGUGCGACAACAGAUAUGUGAUACCCUAUAACAAGGAACUAUCUCUUCGGUACAGAGCUCAUAUUAAUGUGGAGUGGUGCAAUCAAUCUGGGUCUAUCAAAUACUUAUUCAAGUAUAUCAAUAAGGGUCAGGACAAGAUGACUAUCACUGUUGAGCCGCCAACAAAAGGAGAUUUGGAGAACAAUGUGAACAACCAGAAAGCAAAAGAAGAGAAUAAAAAUGAAAUUAAAGACUUUUUCAAGGGCAGUUAUAGAAUUUGGUUUUCUGUUUAUGGAUCACUCUUUUUUUAUUUCAGAUAUGUAUCCGCAUGUGAAGGUUCAUGGAGAAUUUUGAAGUUUCCAAUUCAUUACAGAUCAAUACCAGUGGAGAAGAUUUCAUUCCAUUUGCCAGGAAAGCAAAUAAUUGUAUUCAAGGAUGACGACACUUUUGAGAAAGUAACAAGUCGUGUGUUGAUUCGAAACACAAUGUUCUUAGGCUGGUUUGAGCUGAACAAGGUUAGUGCUGCUAGGACGCUUACUUUAGCAGAAAUUCCUACGAGAUUUAUUUGGGACAAAAAGGAGAGGAAGUGGAAAGACAGAAAAAGAGGUUUCAGUAUUGGGAGAAUUAAUUAUGCACCGAUUAGUAUAGAAGAAGCUUAUUAUUUGCGUGUCCUGCUUAAUAUUGUUCGAGGACCAACCUGCUUCGAUGACAUCAAAACAUAUAAAAAUGUCCUUUACCCUUCUUAUAAAGAGGCAUGUUUUGCAAGGGGUUUAUUAGCAGAUGAUCAAGAAUAUAUAGAUGAUUUAAUCAGGUCAAGCUUCUCAAGUUCUGCUUACUCUAUGCGACAUGCUUUUACUGUCAUGCUUAUGUCAAAUAGUUUAUCAAAACCAGAAAGAGUUUGGGAGGAGACAUGGGAGAUUCUUUCCGAAGAUGUUCAGUAUAAUCAAAGAAACCAGUUUAACAGACCAGGAUUGUGUCUGACUGAUGCUGAAAAAAAAGAAGGUGCCCUUAUUGAGAUUGAGAAGAUUCUGAGAAGUAAUGGAACUUCGUUAUGUAACUGGAAGUCUAUGCCAAAACCCUCCCGCGAUGUUAAUGCUUCUCAAAACGUGUUGAUAAUGGAUGAGCUGAGAUAUGACCGACAAGUGUUAAGAAAUGCACACGAUACAGACUUUUUAAAGUUAACGGACGAGCAAAAGAAGAUAUAUGAAGAGAUCAUGGAUGCUGUUUUAGAAAAAAAAGGAGGAGUUUUCUUUGUAUAUGGAUUUGGUGGAACAGGAAAAACGUUUCUAUGGAGGUUAUUAUCUGCUGCUAUUAGAUCCAGAGGAGAUAUUGUUUUGAAUGUUGCUUCAAGUGGUAUUGCUUCACUUCUGUUACAAGGAGGAAGAACUGCACAUUCAAGAUUCGGUAUACCAAUCAAUCCUGAUGAGUUUUCUCUGUGCAAUCUUACACCAGGGACAGAUGCUGCUGAUUUGGUGAAAGAAGCAUCUCUUAUCAUUUGGGACGAAGCACCAAUGAUGAGUAGACACUGUUUUGAGUCAUUGGAUAGGAGUCUAGCAGACAUUAUGAGAAGUGCAGAGAAGAAGCCAUUUGCAGGAAAAGUUGUUGUUUUUGGUGGGGAUUUUAGGCAAAUAUUGCCUGUUAUUCACAGUGCAUCGAGGGCUGAAAUAGUCUUAGAGUCUCUAAAUUCAUCAUAUCUCUGGAAACACUGCAAGGUGCUGAAACUAACAAAGAAUAUGAGGCUGCUAUCCACUGAUAUGACUACCGAAGAGUUAAGAGAAUUGGAACUGUUUUCUCAAUGGAUUUUGGAUGUGGGAGAUGGAUUAGCUGGUGAACCUAACGAUGGUGAUGCACUAAUCACUAUUCCAGAUGAGUUUCUUAUUAAAGAUUCAGAUGAUCCAAUAGCAUCAAUAAGCAAAGAAAUAUAUGGAGAUGCAACAACUCUACAACAGAACAAAGACCCCAAAUUUUUUCAAGAAAGAGCUAUUCUAUGCCCUACAAAUGAGGAUGUGAACCAGAUCAACCAGCAUAUGUUAGACGAACUUGAAGGAGAUGAAAGAAUUUAUUUAAGCUCGGACAGCAUUGAUCCAUCUGAUACAGGAUCUGUCAAUGAUCAGGCUCUCACUCCAGAAUUUCUCAACACUAUCAAAGCAUCAGGUUUACCAAAUCAUAAUCUCCGGUUGAAGAUUGGAUGCCCUGUGAUGUUGUUGAGAAAUAUUGAUCAUGAUGGAGGACUGAUGAAUGGGACAAGGUUGCAGAUUAUAGAUAUGUAUGAAUUUUGUGUGAAGGCCAGAGUUAUUACAGGAACUCAAGUUGGGAAAAUUAUACUGCUUCCUAGAUUGUCUAUUACACCUUCAGACAAGAAGUUGCCAUUCAAGAUGAGAAGAAGGCAACUGCCAAUUGCUGUGGCCUUUGCUAUUACCAUUAAUAAAAGUCAAGGACAGUCUCUCUCAGAAGUUGGAAUAUUUCUACCUAGACCAGUUUUUUCUCACGGGCAACUCUAUGUUGCUAUAUCGAGAGUCACAUCCAAAAAAGGUUUGAAAAUCUUGAUUGUUGACGAGGAUGGAAAGCCUCAGAAACAAACCAAGAAUAUUGUUUUUAAAGAGAUUUUCCAAAAUCUCUAAUUUUAGAAGUUUAAAGACUAUAUAUUGAUGUUUUUUAUGAAGAGACUUGAUUUUAUUUCACAACUUUACGUGUUUGAUUGCGCUACAAAAUAAAUGCUCUGGAACUUUAGGAAAAGUUUUGAGCAUUGAAUUACAAUUUACGUUUUACAGAGUGACCAUCUAUGGUUGUUUAUUCUUCUAUCAAAUGCCGCAUAGAAACUAUAUAAUUCUAUUAUAAUGUCUAUGUCAAUAUCGAGCAAUAGCAUCAUAGAGUACUAAUACUUAUCAUAUCUAACUUCU